ACGUUUACUACGAUAAUUGUAUAGCUGUGCUCCUCUCUCAGUCUGUGACUAUGGCAUCUUUCUCUCUCUCUCUCUCUCUCUUUCUUGUUCCCGCCAUAUUCGGCGACGUUUGAAAGUUUCCUCCUCUUAUUCUUAAUUACUUAUUACAAUUAUAAUUAAUUUAUGAUAAUAAAAAUUAGAAGAAAAGAGUGAUUGUGAAUUGAUUAAGCAAGCUCAGUGAGUGAAUAGCAAUAGCAAUAGCAAUGGAGAAAUACCUGAGAGAAAAUUUUAACCUGCAGCCGAAAAACCCGUCAGAGGCGGCACUUCGCCGAUGGAGAUCCGCCGUCUCCAUCGUCAAGAAUCCCCGCCGGCGCUUCCGCAUGGUCGCCAAUCUCGCCCAACGCGCCGACGCCGAAUCGAAGAGAAGGAAGCUUCAGGAGAAGAUACGAGUGGCUCUCUAUGUGCAAAAAGCAGCGUUGCAUUUUAUUAACGCUGGGAACCGAGGUGAUUUCAUGCUAACUAAGGAGACUCACGAAGCAGGCUUUGGAAUUGAGCCAGAUGAAUUAGCAUCCAUUCUUCGAGCCCAUGAUGUUAAACGUUUAGAACUGCAUGAAGGAGUUGAAGGAAUAGCAAAAUCUGUUCGUGUGUCAUUGCAAGACGGUGUUAAUUCACUCGAUGUUCAGCAUAGGCAAAACAUCUAUGGUGUUAACCGCCAUGCAGAGAAGCCCUCCAGAAGUUUUUGGAUGUUCGUUUGGGAUGCAAUGCAGGACUUAACUUUAAUUAUCCUUAUGGGAUGUUCUGUGAUUUCAGUAGGUGUUGGAAUCUCAACUGAAGGUUGGCCUAAAGGUAUGUACGAUGGAGUGGGAAUCAUACUAUGUAUUUUUUUAGUGGUCUUUGUCACUUCAGUCAGUGACUAUAAACAGUCUUUGCAAUUCAAGGAUUUGGAUAAAGAAAAGAAAAAUGUGAGCAUUCAGGUUACAAGAGAAGGUAGAAGACAAAAGGUUUCGAUCCAUGAUCUAGUGGUAGGAGAUAUAGUACAUCUGUCUAUUGGAGACAUUGUUCCUGCAGAUGGGUUAUUCAUAUCAGGUUUUGGCUUAUUGAUUGAUGAAUCAAGUCUAUCAGGUGAGAGUGAGGCUGUGAAUGUGGACCAAGGUAAGCCUUUUCUUUUAUCCGGGACCACAGUACAAGAUGGGUCUGCUAAGAUGCUGGUGACAUGCGUUGGCAUGAGGACUGAAUGGGGAAGAUUGAUGGAUACUCUGAACGAAGGGGGAGAUGAUGAGACACCUCUUCAGGUCAAACUAAAUGGGGUUGCGACCAUAAUUGGAAAGAUAGGCUUGGUUUUUGCAUUGCUGACAUUCCUAGUUCUGACGAGCAGGUUUUUGUGGGCGAAAACAAUUCAUCAUCAGAUCACAGAGUGGUCCCUCGAUGAUGCAUCUAAACUUCUCAAUUUCUUUGCUACUGCUGUCAUUAUAAUAGUUGUGGCAGUUCCCGAGGGGUUGCCUUUGGCGGUGACACUAAGCCUUGCAUUUGCAAUGAAGAAAUUGAUGGAUGAUAAGGCACUAGUUAGGCACCUCUCUGCAUGUGAAACCAUGGGUUCAGCUGGUUGUAUUUGCACUGAUAAAACGGGGACUUUGACAACAAAUCACAUGGUUGUGGACAAAAUAUGGAUUUGCGAACAGACUAAAGUAAUUAAAAGCGGCAGCAGUGAAAAUGUUUUGAAGGGCUCAAUUUCUGAUCAGAUACUUGAUCUCCUUUUGCAGUCAAUAUUCCAGAAUACUGGCUCAGAGAUAGUCAAAGGGCAAGAUGGAAAGAACAGAAUAAUGGGCACUCCCACAGAAUCCGCAUUGCUAGAAUUUGGCUUGCUUCUGGGAGGUGAUUCUAAGUUUUAUAAUGACAAGUAUAGAAUAGUAAAGGUUGAACCUUUCAAUUCAGUCAGAAAAAAGAUGUCAGUGCUUGUGGCUCUUCCCGGUGGCACCAACAAGUCUCGAGCAUUUUGUAAAGGAGCAUCAGAAAUAGUUGUGAAAAUGUGUAACAAAGUUGUUAAUGCUGACGGCAAUGUCGCCCAUUUGAACGAACAACAAAGAAGUAGCAUCACGGAAGUUAUCAACGGUUUUGCCUCUGAGGCUCUGAGAACACUCUGCAUUGCCUUCAGGGACAUUAAAGGAUCUUCUAAGGGUGAUAGUAUUCCUGAGGAUAUGUACACAUUAAUAGCCAUUAUUGGGAUCAAGGAUCCAGUGAGGCCUGGAGUGAAAGAAGCAGUUCAGACUUGUUUAGCAGCUGGGAUUACUGUUAGAAUGGUAACUGGUGACAACAUAAAUACGGCUAAAGCAAUAGCUAGAGAAUGCGGCAUAUUGACAGAUGGAAUCGCGAUAGAGGGACCAGAUUUCCGGAACAAGACCCAGCAAGAAAUGGAGGAGAUAAUACCAAAAAUACAGGUAAUGGCUCGAUCCUUGCCUCUGGAUAAGCACACCUUAGUGACCCAUUUGAGGAAUGACUUUAAUGAAGUAGUGGCAGUAACUGGUGAUGGGACCAAUGAUGCUCCAGCGUUGCAUGAGGCUGAUAUUGGACUUGCCAUGGGUAUUGCAGGGACAGAGGUUGCAAAAGAGAAUGCAGAUGUGAUUGUAAUGGAUGAUAACUUCACAACCAUAGUGAAUGUUACGAGAUGGGGCCGUGCUGUUUAUAUUAAUAUACAAAAGUUUGUCCAGUUCCAGUUAACAGUCAAUGUUGUAGCUCUCGCGCUGAAUUUUGUUUCAGCAUGCUUGUCAGGCUCUGCUCCUCUUACUGCGGUUCAAAUGCUGUGGGUAAACAUGAUAAUGGACACUCUGGGGGCAUUGGCACUGGCUACAGAACCUCCCCAUGAUGGGCUGAUGAAGAGGCCACCUAUUGGAAAGAACGCCAAAUUCAUCACCAGGAUCAUGUGGAGAAACAUAAUUGGUCAGAGCAUCUUCCAAAUUAUUGUCCUUCUGGUUCUCAAAUUUCGUGGGAAACAGAUUCUCAAGCUCGAUGGACCUGAUUCUACCACUGUUUUAAAUACCGUCAUAUUCAACACCUUUGUUUUUUGCCAGGUAUUCAACGAAAUUAACAGCCGUGACAUGGAGAAGAUUAAUGUUUUCCAAGGCUUGUUCAGAAGCUGGGUUUUCCUAAUGGUCAUGGCCUCAACAAUAUGCUUUCAAAUCCUGAUAGUUCAAUUUCUGGGUACUUUUGCUCAAACAGUACCACUGAGCUGGGGAUCGUGGAUAACAAGCGUCAUGAUUGGUGCGGUAAGUUUACUUGUAGCUGUUGUCCUAAAAUGCAUUCCAGUUCCAUCGAGCAGCUACGUGACCACGCCUCAUGAUGGUUACGAGCAGCUCCCCAGUGGACCAGAACUGGCAUGAAUACGAUAGAUAAUGUGGUUCACUUUUUAUAAGCUUCGAUCAUAAUUUUGAUUGAUCUUUCCAAAAACCCAUAAAGGAAGAUAUCAUAUCUCGUUUCUUUCUGCCCUCAUUUUUCUAUUUGCCACACCCCAUUGCUUUGGCACACUAUCACUCUCAAGUACGAUAUCAUCCUACUUCUCCCUUCAGAAGUCUCUUUCGGAAGAUGAUUUUUCCUUGUAGUGAAAACAUUAUUUUGGUAGUAAACAUGUAAUGAAGCAAAGUUAGCUAGGAGGGUAAGUUUAGAAAGUUACAUAUGGUCAACUUAUUAUAUGGUUGUCAGGAUUAUUGUUCAAAGUGAACAGUUUAUCAUCUAUUCGAUGUCGUCAACUGAACUAAUCAGCUCAAUAGUACAAAACGAGUAGAGGUAUUUCUUUUUAUGGUGAUAAAAGUUAUGCUCAAUUGCUUAAGAAAUAAAAUUUUCAUUCUCAGAUUAUUUUU